CGCGCGCGUUUAACGAACCCCAAUUUGGAUGAAAAUGAUGAUUAACAACCGGCCGGAUCGUAGCAAAAGUUUAUCACCUUCGGUACGUUCAUCGCGGACAAGUGUUUGAAAGUGUUAACGGCAGUGCGGCGUGGCGCGGCGCGAUGAUUAGCGUUGAUUAUUAGUCAGCGGACCGGCGACGCGGUUAUGCGGAGCGAAGUGUGUUCCCCCUCCACCAGAAUCGCGAGUGUUGGCAGUUCUCAUCCGUAUUCCAGCAUCAGCAGCAGCAGCAUCAUCAUCUUCCCGGCUACAAGGCCUCUCAGUUUGGCAACGUAGCAACAAGCAACAGCCCCAGCAUGAACCAGGAAAUUCGACUUCGCUUGAAGCACCUGCUGGCGUUCUCGGCCAUCGUGUUGUUUCUGUUCUUCUACUCGCUCAGCUCCCGGGGUUGUAGCGAAGAACCGGAAGAGCUGGCGAUGGUAGCGGAGCAGCAGCAGGCUAGUCGUGAUGCCUUUCUGCCAAACCACAAGACGGGACCAACGAUCUACGCGGUCACUCCAACGUACGCCCGUCCGGUGCAGAAGGCCGAGCUGACCCGCCUCUCUCACGUGAUACGCCUCGUGCCGUCCGUCUUUUGGGUGAUCGUCGAAGAUGCCGAAAAGACGUCCACGUUGGUGACGAACGUUUUGAAGCGGAGCGGACUGGAGAAUCGUAGUGUUCAGCUGUCGGCCAAAACUCCGACCAAUUUCAAACUGCAGGGCAAAGAUCCCAACUGGCUAAAGCCACGCGGUGUUGAGCAACGGAACGCUGCGCUCAAGUGGAUCCGGCAGCAUCUGAAGCGGUCACGGGAUGCAGGCGACGGACCGGAACCGCUGGGCCACUCGCUCGUGUACUUCAUGGACGAUGACAACACGUACAGCACGGAGUUGUUCGACGAGAUCGCCAAGAUCGAACCCGGCAAGGUUGGUGUCUGGCCGGUUGGACUGGUUGGUGGGCUGAUGGUGGAAAAACCUGUCCUCAACCGGGACGGGCUGGUACUCGGGUUCAACAGUGCCUGGAAACCGGAGCGUCCCUUCCCGCUCGAUAUGGCCGGUUUUGCUAUCAGUUCCGAUCUGCUGCUCAGCACGCCCGAGGCACAGUUUAGCUACGAGGUCGAGCGUGGUUACCAGGAGAGCGAAAUACUGCGCCACCUAACGAUCGUCCACGAUAUGCAACCGCUGGCCGGUGGUUGUAAGGAGGUGCUGGUGUGGCACACGCGAACCGAAACUCCGAAACUUGACGCGGAAAAGGCACUCCAGAAGGGGGGCAAAAAGUCAAACGACGGUAUGGAGGUGUAGUGUAGGGUAGCAGGGCAACUGUCCCCCCACCCCCCGCCACAUUGAUUCAAAACUUUUCCUGGUGAUGGUAGUGCUUAAGGAUUAAAUUUAGAAGAAAGAGCAAUCACAAUUCUAUUUAUUCUCGCUCCGAGCGUGCGCGCGCGCGCGUGUCCACUGUACAGAGAAGCAAAGAUAACUAGAUCGUAGGUAAAAUGACGCGACAACAGGCAUUCUUCAUCAUCAACACACGGACCUGCCUGAGUCCAGAGACCAAUCCUUUCUAUGGCGUAGAAUCUAAGCAAACUACUGAACCACUACUGGCGGGGCCUCCCUGUGCACUUGUAGCAGCUACUGCAUACGUUACGUAGGGUGAAGUGAUUAAUUAUUUCGAUUGUUGUUCCUAACCGUUCCGACAUAUCCGACGACGACCUGGUGCAGUGAGCGGUGUUGUGGAUCUUAAAUACGUUCUUAUGGUUACUUUACAUUACAAAAGCCCGAUGGCAACUAUACUCACCUGUGGCAGCUGCAGGAUUGUUUUAACUUUAGAAGUUGAUAAGAUAUUUAAUA